AUGGCACUUCGCGAGAGAGAAGGACAGCGGCUUCACCAUCCGGACAUCUUUACGCAAAGGACGGAUUACGAUUUGUUAGCAUAUUACAAUCAAGCACUCGCGAGAAAGGAACAACUCAGUCACUUGGACGGAGACGACAUGCCGACGAAUUCGAUUAUUCUAGCCUUGCCGAAGGCUUUCGAGCGUGUGCGGACGGAGGUUGUCGCAGAAGAUUCAGUGAAGUUCGUUGUGUACAACCACCUUGACGACAUGGCGGAUCAAUUGAACAAAAUACCCAUUAGCGCGGCGAUGCUAUGGGUUUGGCCGGAGAAAAUGCCGAGGUCGGACCAGAUGAGAAGGAGCAUGCAGGCCGUCGAGAGGCAUUUGCAAUGCGGUGGAACGUUGGACUGCUUUCCGCCACCUUUCGAGAAGGCGCGCAAGGAAGAGUGGGAGGAACUCCGAAAAGUCUGCGUUGAAGUCGUGCGAAUGUUGACUGGACCGGCCAGGGGGUUUGACGCCAAGCAGGUGCUGCCGCAGGGUUUUGUUGAUUAUGAGAUGAAGCCAUACUGGUGCAGUCGCUAUCAGUUCAAUCUCAACAAACCUAAAGAUAUAAAACAUACAUAUACAAAGAAAUACGGCGUGCCUAAAGAGGAUGACCAGACUGAUAACACAGGACGGGCUGCCAAUGUGCAGAAGGCUCAAUCCAACCAAGAAAUUCGGGUUCCUCCACAGAGUCGGCCGCUGGAAACCCAGUCCCGUGGAGCGGUGCACUCACCAACUCCACUCCCGCAACAAUGUUCAUCUAGAACUUCCACUUCCUCACGCUCACGCGCGUCGAAUCCGCAGGAUCCAAAAGGCUCAACCACUCAACAGGGAAUCCUCAACGCGGGCUGCCCAGGACGUAGCCUAGUAUGGUACAAAAUAAUCAGUGAUAAAGACGAAGGUCGGAGAGGCGAGUACUGCUCUCGCUCGCAGCCUUAUAUACCCCGCUACUUGGCUGCGCUCCAAGCCGGAGGUGGUCUUGCAGCAGCCCACAAAGGACGCGAAGGCAAACGCGGCAUACAGCGCCCUCGAUACCUGUUCCGAGUUGCUGCUCUGCAUCGCGGACCUGCGACAACAGUUAUGCUUGGAAAGACCAGGGCCGUUCUUCGUAUUCAGCUUUGA